UAUUAACCACGCCUGUUAAAAUGGCGGCUCCAAGUGAAGUAAAACUCAUAUCAGUAGAAAAAGAGCUGCACAAUGAAUUAGCUUUAUCUGGAGACCAACUUGUCGUCAUAGACUUCUUUGCUACAUGGUGUGAUCCUUGCAAGAUAAUUGAACCCUUUCUUGACAGUUGUAGCAUCAAGUAUAAAGGAAGAGCCAAGUUCAUUAAAAUUGAUGUUGAUAAAUCUACCCGUGUUGCUGUCAGAUACAAUAUUCAAUCAAUGCCUACAGUCUGCUUCAUUAAGAAUAGUGUCAAGCUUGAUCAAGUUGUUGGAGCUGAUAUAAAGGCUAUAGAGGCUGGUAUAUUGAAACACAUUAAAAAUAGUGACUCUUCAUCUGCCUCUGGUCCUGUCAGUGGUCAGGUUAAUAUUAACAGUAUAAUUGACAUCAGUGGCUCUGAAUGCUUGAACGAAUCUGAUGACAAUACUUUUCAAAACUCACUUGAAUCAAAUAAAGACAUUUACCUUGAAAGUGAUUGCGACGAACAGCUGAUUUUAUCAUUGAAAUUCACUCAACCAGUGAAACUACGUUCCUUACAAGUAACAGCACCCAAAGACGGUAGGGCACCAAAAACAAUAAAACUAUUUAUUAAUCAAACAUACACUCUUGACUUUGAUUCUGCUGAGGGCAAUACACCAGUUCAAACUUUAAAUUUAACAGAGGAAGAUAUUUCCGAUGAUAAACCCCUUCCAUUGAUGUAUCUGAAGUUCCAAAAUGUUCAACAACUCACGAUAUUUGUUGUCAAUAACCAAGGAGAUCAAGAAACAACAGUAAUUAAUUACAUUGGACUGUUUGGUAGUUUAUUAGACUCCACCAAUAUGAAGGAUUUUAAAAGAGUGGCAGGAGAUAAAGGAGAGCGACAUUAAAUGACUGAUGACUUAUUUAUUAUCAGUAAUUAUUUUAUGUAUUCUGCAUACCAUAUAGCAGGUAUACUCCAUUUGAGUUUAAUUUCGUUCUUUUCGUUCUCAUUCCUUGUGGAACGAACAUUUUCCAAACGAAAA